GUUUAGUCGCUUCAUAGUUAGCCAACGCUUGUAGGUUAUUGUAUUGUGUAGUCUUAUAUUUAGUGGACUUGUUUUAAUUUGUUUGUUACUUCGAUAUCAAGCUUGUGAAUCAAAGCAAAGAAUUGAAGUAAAUCGAUUGAACCUUCAUUUGAAUAAAUAUGCGCAAGGCUUUUUGUGCAUCUCAAGUGAAUAUUUAAAAAUGGAAACUUUUAAAUUUUCUUCGACAAGUAAACCAACUCAACGUGAUUUUGAUCAUUUUUCUGGUCGCAUCUUCUACGGCGUUUACAAGGAUGCGGAAUUUCUUCGCCAUAGUAACAAUAUAGAAACGAUUCUGUCGAAAGGCUAUGAACUUCGACACAAGCUGAAGACUGUUGCUCCAGGCCAAGUUGUCAUGAUUGAUGGAGUGGAGUUGGAGAAAAAUACACCAUUACUAGUCAAAAGGACAGGAGAUAAAGUGAAUAUUGAAAACUAUGAAUUUACUAUAAACCGUCUAACUGGCUUGGUAGCAGCGUACACGUUCGAUAACCGCAAAAGAUUUCCCGCAGUGCAGUCUAGCGAAGCCCUCGCGUUAGGAUUAAAAUGGGAUAAUGGCAACACUAAAAAUUGCAAACUCUAUCUGUCAGCUGUCAGUGGAACAGAACAUUUUUACGAUCAAUUCGAAUACUGGCCGUUGAUAUGUGCAUUAAGGAAAUUGCAAAAGAAAAAAAUCACCCCAGAACUGGUUAUAAAAAUUGCAAAGAUUAAAAAUAAUAAUAAUGUAACAUUAGGAAAGGAUUUAAUGAACAAUCGGGCGACGUUGUUCCAACUUUGGAUGUAUUUUCCAGACGCAUCUUUGACUGAGUUGUCAGAAUUACUAAAAACAGUUCCAGGUGACUUACAAAAAUGUUUCCAACUGUGACUGUAAGUUACACUUCUAAAGCCAAACACCUUUACUGCCUGCCUGCAUUUGACCGCAACUUCGUCUGGGCGGAAUUUAAAAAAAUCUAGUAAUAAAUAUAGCUUAUAUCACCUGGGGAUAAUGUAGCUUCCCAA